GCCCUCAAUCAGGAAACGUCUUUUAUUUAUCGGACAAUAAUGGCAGCUACCCAACGACUCCGUUGUUCUCUACGCGGACAAGUCGACAUCAGAAGGUCGCCAAUGUUUCGGAGGUCGCUCUGAAGCCGCCAUUACACCCGUUGCUUCCCUGGCCUUGCUGCUCACCCACAAUGCAUUGCCAGAGGCUUUUGUGUGUCUCAGACAUACCAAUGUAACCGUUGCCACCACUCCACCUUAAGCACACCACAACAACACUGCAGAAAGGUCCUGCCCUGGUUGGUCUUGUUCACUUUCAAACUGAAAUCAUGUCUGGCUCAGGCGACUUACCAGCCAUCGAGGGUUCCGGGAUGGGCGGGAUGAAGCUUCCCAUCGGGAUGACCCGACGAGCCCUAAGCUACGACGACAACCUGGAGGCCCCAAUGUCCACGCCCCCCCACGACAUCAGCAUCAACACCCUGUGGAGACGACCCAUCAUUCCAGAGAGGAAGUUCACACAGCUGGCUGAGGAGGAUGAGAGUGGUGCGGUGAGUCAUUCUACAGUGCCGGACAGCGCCGCCUCCAGGUCACCAGGCGUAGUGAAAACCAAGGCGUCCUCCAUCAUCAUGAAUUCCCUCAUCACCAAGCAGACUCAGGAUAGUAUGUACAAUUUUGAGCAGAGGGCGGGGCUCACCGACAACAGCUACACACCGCACAAAGGCCUCACCGCUGAGGAGACGAGACACCACCACCGCAUACCCGAAUCCCUCCAGAAACUACAGAUCCAGAGCAUGGAGGCCAGAGAAGAGCGACAGAACUCCUCCGCUCAGUCCACUCCAUCCAGCACACCACACAGCUCCCCAAAACAACAACGCAGGAGCUGGUUCAAUAGUACAGGUUCAGAGCUCAGCAUCAGCUCCUCCAACAGCAGUGUGGACAUGGGAGUGGGAGACAUGACAGCAGCAGGAGGAGGAGGAGGAGUGGGAGGUGCGGUUGAAAAGUGGGGCAUCUUCACGCCCCGUCCACUCGUCCAGAAAUCGACCUCUGACCUGGGAUCAGACUCUACAGCUGCAGCAGGCUUUGCACUGCAGGCGUACCGUGGGGCGCAGAAGCCGACCCCCAUGGAGGUGAUGAAGUCGCAGGCCACGCGGCUGACUGACAACGCCUCCGCUCAGAGGGUGGCCCCUCCCAAAAUGGAGAUUCCCACAGUGGAAGGUCGGCGGCAGGGAGCGCGACCGCACAAGCUCAAACCCAGAGACAUGAACAUCCUGACGCCCUCCGGCUUCUGAGAGGACACACGACAUCUGUCGAGGCUGCACGUCGCCCAGACGCUAAAGGUCCCAUGAGAUGAAAACCUCACUGUUGUUUCCGUGUGUCCCUGUGUGUACUGUCACACAAUCUGUUAUUACUUUUAGAAUAUGUCGCAGUGCAUUUCAUUUAUUACUAAGACAAAAUCAUUUAAUCUUCAGUCAAAGAUUUUAUAGAUUUUGAGGCAAGUUUGUUUAAAGUAAAGUAUAAAUCCUGCAGGUCUUACAACUACAAUACGUCUUAUAUAUAUUAUCUAUAUUCAUAGUUUUAUUAUGUUAGCAUGUUCUCAGAUCUCAAAUUACUUUAAUGGUUAAAACCACAAAGCUAACUGUUGCUAGCAGUAUAUGCAUAUGUUAAUAUUUGCAGCAACAUCAUCAAUAUUGUUCGUAUGUUUGUCCUUUGACAAAGACUUAAACAUUUCUUGCUUUCAUGCUGAUCUUGAUGAUAUUUUCCUCCUCUUCCUCUUCCUCAGUAGCAGUUAGCUUGGAGGUGAAAACUUGCAGCUGUGCAACCUCCAAAUUAUUUCAUGGGACCUUUUUAAUAGCAGCUCCGACAUUCAGAUAACCACUGAACUGUCCACCAUCUUCGCCACUAAAACAAUUAUGGAUAUAAUAAAAAAUAAAAUUUCCCAUCUGCACUGCUUGUAGGCGUAUAUAGUGUUGCUUGGCUGUAAAAUCUUACUCUUGACAUUUCUCGUAUUCUUCACUCUGUUAACUGUAACAUUGAUCUGCAGCACGGUGGCUGAAAUAGAGCAUGAAUCUGCCCCCGAGUCUAGAUAAGAUGGAGGGAGACUGUCAGAAGGUGAAGAUGAUGGCGAUCCUGUUUUAAAAUGAUUCCCUGUAAAUGCACUUUAUCCCCACUCCUCCCACCACAGACUCGAUCAGCGCGAUUAUCCAACCUGACCCAAACCCGACUGUGUUCCAGGAUUCAGAUUAAUGCAAGAAAACGUUCUCUGCUUCAGUGUUGAUAGUCUUAACAUCUUUUCAUUCAUAUUCUUAAAGGGGCAUUUCACUAAGCAGGGUGGAGAGAGUAAAUCUAACCAAAUCCUAACCAACAGAACAAAAAAAACAAAAAAAAAAACAAAAAA